GUGUUGUUUUUAAAAAUGGUUUUAUAUGUGGAAAGAGAUUUGAUAAUGAGUGAUUUAAAAAAGGAGGUUAUUACUGAAAUGGAGUCAACUAUAACAUUAGAUGAUUUAUACGAAGAAGUCCUUUUUGGAAUUUUGCACAAUGUGGGGUGCUCCAAAAACGAUGUCCUGCUGCAGGAGCAAGAAGACCAGAUCGAACAUCUGCGACAGGUUUUUCGCAUUUCUGCAAACAAACACGAAUUAGCAAUGGCGAAGGCUAUGGUUAAAAUUGCACCUGAACAAAGAUUAAACGUAGAGAUUGUAGAAGCAAAAGAUUUAUUAAGCAAACAGCAAUCGCGUGCGCCCAACGCGUACGUCGCUCUUUACUUAGAAAGCGCGCCAACCGAAAGGCACUACACCGGCAUGAAGUCGGGUGCGUUUAAUCCUGAAUGGGGCGAACACAUUAGUCUGCCGCUUGGUAAAAAUACGCAACAGGAUGUACUGUGUCUGGAAGUUUGGGAUUUUGAAGCAGUAGACAACAAAUCUAAAAAGUUUGGAUCAUUAGGAAAAGUAAAAAGUCUUGGAAAAUUGAUGAAAGAAUUUUCAGCAAACAAUUCGACGCCAAAAACGGAGGACUUGUUAAUUGGAACCGGUAAAAUACCUUUAAAGUCAAUUCCAAUGUCUGGUACUACAAUGCUGUACAGUUUGGAUAAACCGCCCAAAAUAAAAAAACAAGGAGUUCUAAAACUAAGAAUCGCUGUUGGAGCACAAAAGGAAGAACAGAUAAAUUAUGGACCCAAAGAUCAAGAUAAUUUUAUACAAAAACAUAUGGAGUUAUUGAAAAUGUUACUCUUAUACGAGGUGGAAACACUAAAGCAUUCCGAAUGGUCCGGCACCUGGAGCCCCCAAUCCCAAGCCGUUCUCAUCCAGCACAGGGCCCAAGGGGGCCUCUCGCACACAGCGAACGCCCUUUGCGAAUGGUCUGUCUACACUCGAGUCCAUUCCACGGACAGACCUUUGGCUUUAGAAUUAUUCAACAGGCUUUUAAAGGUUCUGGUCAAGCCUUUGCAGCAACAAUCGGCUGGUACUCAGGUUUUGGAGAAGGAGGAGGAGAGGAUGUUCUGGGAAGGAGCUGUAAGGAUACUUCCUGGAUGUUUUUCUAUAAUAAAAACGAUGCAUAGACAUGAUGGGUACAAUCAAAGGUUGUUGAAAGAUCUAAAUGAAGCUCUACCAAUUGUGCAGACGUUGGCUUGUUUUAGGGCUCCUGCAGGCUUUGAGUUGCUACCUGCUAAAAUGUAUACGUGGAUUAAAUUAACAGAUGGGGUCGAUUCAAUAAAGGAUGCUUUAAACCUGGCAGUACGUUAUGGGGCCCAAAAUUGGUUUAAGGAUCUUCUGGAGCACCAGGAUGAAAUACCACGAGAACCUUUAGCUUCAAGUUCUGGUUUUGAUAAUAGUGAACAACUAAAUGGUGAAGAAGGUUUGAGAAAAAUUAUUUAUUUAAUACAACGAGUGCUGAAGGAUUUGGAAGAAGCCAGCAAGGAUUAUGAUAAAAUAUUCAAAGAGAUUGCUAAUGUAUCUUACACAAAUAUUUUAUAUAAAGAAUAUGCAAAACUUUUAUCAGAACGUGUAAAACCAGAAAUAGAUGAGUAUUGUGCAAAUUUGCAAAAAGUUUGCGAAUUGGUUAAGGAAACGGUUCCAAAUGCAAUGGGUACUACUUUGUUUGAAUUGUAUUUGGAGAUUAAACGAUUUGUAAAUUUAGGUAACAAAUUUAACGAAAAUCAAUCACAAAAUUCAAAAAAUGACACCAAAUCCAAUAUGACUGAAGUUGGCAACAUGGCGCGUUGUCAUUUGUGGUUCACGACCGGUGUAACGCACUGGCUGGAUGUCGCUUCUUUUAAAGCGAAAAAAAUAAUAGAAAAGGCCGUAGAAAUGGAUAAUUUUGUGCAAGUUACAGAUGAUGUACACCACAGCUCAUCUGCUGUAGACACUCUAGCAUUCUUUUAUCAAAUCAAAAUAUUUUGGGAUCGUUUAGAAUGGCCAGAUCCCGAAGGGUGUUAUACGUUUGUCACCAAAAUUAUUCGUGAUAUUUAUGUUUGUUUUGUCUUCUAUGCUGACUGCAUUCGUGUCAAGUUGAAUUCUGACAACCCCAUAAGCUCGGGGAAGAAUAUUUGUUGCCAAAAGUGGUGUGUUGGUAUAAAUACUAUUGAAUAUGUACAGGCUAGUUUGCAGAAAUUUGUAAAGGAAUUGGGGACUGAAAAAGUUUUGGAAAAUUUAAAAAGUUUGGGUCAAGGUCUCUGCACCCUUCAGCCAAGCGAUAUUGAUCCCAACACCGAUACAACAGACGAUGGAGCAACCAUGUCUCGUCACCACGAAUGGUUUACUGCAGGAGUUGCACACUGGCUGGAUAUUGCUGCCUAUAAGGCCACAGGAAGAAUCGAUAAGGCUGUCGAGUUGGACAAGUUUGUACCUGUCACAGAUGACGUGAAGUACAGUUCAUCAGCAGUCGACUCAUUAGCAAUCUUCUAUCAAAUCAAAAUAUUCUGGGAGCAACUCGAGUGGCCAGAUGUCGAAGGAAGUUAUACGUUUGUCGCCAAAAUUGUCGAUGACAUUUGUCGUUGCUGUGUCUUCUACGCCGAUCGUGUCUCUGAUCGUCUCGAUUCCCAAGAAUGUGCACCUGCAGGCGAACCUGCGACAUCCACAACUAUCGGAAAUGACGCCUGCUCCGAAAAAUGGUGUGUUGCUAUUAAUAAUAUUGAUUAUGUGCGACGCAGUUUGGAGCCUUUUGUCAAGGAAUUGGGCGUAGAUGGAGUUUUGGAUAGAUUGGCGGAUUACAGGAGUCCUGAAGAAGCUGAACGUUGCAGAGCAACCUUAUUGGCAGUCAUCGAAAACAAUGUUGACACUGUCAGAAAUAAAAUAUUGGAACUCAUCGAAAGUUUAGCAAGAAAGAUGGCUCCGGCAUUACGCAGGGCUUUAGCAGAAGGUGCUGAACUGGGAAGUCGUUGCAUAGGUUCAACAAACGGAUACUCAAAUGGAAACACUCAGACUACGGAAUGUUUUGCAUAUACUGCCCUUUUGGGUAGACUUGAAAACGCUUUGGCAACUUUACAUAGAGCUCUAAGCUCCACCAAUUUCUCGAGGGCUAGGAGUGCCCUUUGGGCUGAAUUGAGCAAGGCGUUGUUUGAAUUGGUGCAGACCAGUCUGGAGAAACGGAGACCGCCGUCCCUCUACGCGAGCCUCUUGGAAACCCUCGACGUCCUCCACGAAUCCUUCGGAAUCGGCGGAGGCUCUUCUUCCUGCACCUCAGAACCAAAUUCCAGAUGCGCCAGCCCUACACCAGUGCAAAGGGCUCGUCUGGACGAGUGCAGGGAACAGGAGGCCCUCGACAGGGAGCAAUUGGAACAAAUGAGAGAGUUGCUGAGAUUGCAUGCUUUGGAAACUGGAGAUCUUAUACACAGGUUCCAUUUAGACAGACUGAAGGAGCAGGAAAGUAUGCAGGACACUCCUUAUGGUAUUUUGACUGUUCGUUGCCGAUUUCUGUCUAAAUGGAACUAA